AUGAGUUCAUCGGUUGCUGGUAACAACACCAAACGUUCAUCAUCAGCAAUGAAGCUAUUUGGUUUUUCACUCAAGGCCGAUCCCUGUGAAGAAGGAGUGGUGAUAACGACGACCAAGAAGUUUGUCUGUCACUACUGCGGUCGAGACUUUGAGAAUUCUCAAGCAUUAGGUGGCCAUCAGAACGCACACAAAAGAGAAAGGAAGCUAGCAAGCAUGGCCAUGUUGGAGCACUUCGACGAGGAUCAUCAGCAUCAGCAAUACCAACACUUUCCUCCUCCUCAACGUAGUGAUCAACUACUGCUUCCAACGGGCAGCGUCUGGUACCCCUUCAUCAACCCUAUAUUCGUUACGAGUUCUGGUGACUCCACAACCACAACUGCCGCCAUCAACGAUGGUGCUAAUAUUGGUGCAGGUCGGGUACAGCUCCCUGAAGAUUAUGAAGGAGAUGAUCAGGAUAUUGAUCUGCGUUUGAGACUUUAA